CUGCCAAGUUCUGGGCAACUUCUCCCCCCUUUGCGUUGACUUGAGACAUCCCGGCCAAAAAAUCCAAACAUCCAGGCUGAGUGCGCCGAGCUCCUCCGGCGAGAAUCGGCUGCUCGUCGAUCCGCAGCGAAGAUCGAAACAAUGGAAUGCGCCACUUCUCCCGGUGGUGCUGCUGCUGCUUCCUCGCCUCUUCUCCCAGCAGGCGAGUACGAAGUUUUCCUGAGCUUCAGAGGCCCCGACGUCCGCAACACGUUUGCCGAUCAUCUGUACACCUCGCUAGUGCGCGCCGAAAUCCGCACGUUUAGGGACGAGGAAGAGCUCCGAAAGGGAGAAGGGACCGCGCCCUUCCCUUGUUCGGGCCAUCCCCGAGUCCAAGAUCUACAUCCCGAUUUUCACCGAACAGUACGCUUCCAGCAAAUGGUGCCUUCUGGAAUUGGCUCGAAUGGUGGAGUGCUGGAAGCAAGAUGAGAGACACCUCAUCCUCCCAAUUUUCUACUUCGUGGACCCGAGAGAUGUGAGGAAUCAACAGGGUCCUUAUCAACAAGCCUUUGAACAACACUCUCAUAAACACAGCUCAGAAGUUGUGAAUGAAUGGAAGGAAGCCCUCCAAAUUGCAGGGGAGAUGAAAGGAUGGCACGUUAUCGAAUCUCACGGUCAAGGUGCUAUUAUAGGCGAGGUCCUUUCUAAUGUUGAGUCACAUUUGAGGAGUAUGUAUACAUUAGUAACCGAUGAGCUGGUGGGAAUCGAUACACAUGUGGGAGAAGUGAUGAAAUUGUUGAAUUUAGGGUUAUCCAACGAGAAAGUCAUCGUUGGCAUUCAUGGUAUGGGCGGUCUAGGUAAAACAACGUUAUCCAAAGCUGUCUAUAACAAGAUUUUUGCCCAGUUUGAUCGUUGUUGUUAUUUGGAAGAUGUACGGGAAGCUCUAGUAGUGAGCAACGGAGCCGUAUCUCUACAAAAUAAGAUUUUAUCUGCUGUUUUGAAGGAUGAUCGUCAAGUUAAAAGUGUUAGCGAAGGGAUCAACAUGAUAAAACAGAGAGUUUGCAAGCACAAAGUGCUUGUUGUUGUUGAUGACAUCGAUGACAAUUUUGAAUUUGAUAAAAUUUUGGGGAAGCCAGAUGAUUUUUCCGGAGAUAGUAGAUUUAUCUUUACAACAAGAAAUAAGAGAGCUCUAGAGUUUCUUCCAGAAUGCAAGUUUUAUGAACCAGGAGAACUGAGUUAUCAUCUUUCCUUGCAACUAUUUAGCAAACAUGCUUUUGGGAUGGACAGUCCACCAGAGGAAGAUGCAAGAAUAUCUGAUGACUUCGUAAAAGUUGCUACUGGACUUCCUUUAGCUCUCAAGGUGAUAGGGUCACUUUUGUUUCGUAGAGAGAGGAAAUUUUGGAAAGAAAAGUUGAUAGAAUUACAAAACAUACCUUCUACUACUGAGAAUAAGUUGCAUGAGAGAUUGAAGAUUAGCUGCAACGAGCUGACACACAAUGAAAUGCAAAUCUUUCUUGAUAUUGCUUCUCAUUUCACAGGCAGCCCCAAAGAUUUACCUUACUAUAUGUGGAGUGGCUGUGAUUUCUAUCCAGAAAGUAGCAUCACCACUCUUAUCAAUAGAUCUUUGAUUAAGGUUGACAAAAGAAACCAAUUUUGGAUGCACGAUCACAUCAAAGAUCUUGGGAGAGCCAUUAUUAAAAUGGAAGAUGUUGAACAUCCAUAUAACUGUAGCAGGAUAUGGUCUACCGACGAUGCACUCAACAUGUUAAGAAACGGAGAGGGAAGUGAACGGGUUGAAGUUCUUCGGAUAAACGUGAGAUUCAGAGAUGAUCAUGAAAAACUGCUCAACAACAAGGGAUUCAAGAACUUACCGAGAUUACGAUAUUUAGAGGUGCAUGGUGGAGAUGUGAAGGGGGAUUUCAGCCAUGUUCUUCCAAAUCUGUGUUGCCUUCGACUUCGACGUUGUGGAUCUAUCCCAACUGAUAUCAACACCAAGAAAUUGAUUGUUCUUGAUUUGGAGCGUUCCAGUGUGAAAGAUAACUGGAAGUGCUGGAGCAGAAUACAGGCGGCAGGGAAGCUGAAAGCUAUAAACUUAUUCAAGUGCUCCAAACUGACAAGAACUCCCGACUUGUCCAUGUGCGCAAGCCUGGAGUUGAUAAAUUUUGAGCUUUGUAAAGAAAUGGAAGGAGGACUGCACAUCCGCAAUUUCAAGAAUCUGAAAACAUUGAGGCUCUCCUCCACCAAGAUAACAGAGUUGAUCGUCCCGGGCGGCGGUGGUAACAUAGGAAAGCUUCAACUGUUGGAGGAAAUGGAUAUGAGGUUGACACAUUUGAGAGAAUUGCCCGUUGGGAUGGAAAAACUAUCCUCUCUCAGAAUCCUGUUGUUGGAAUCAGAACUCAGCAGGGUGAAUAACUACAAGAUGAAGAUACCCAAGCUCCCGGGUAGUUUGAAGAGGCUAUCCAUCUCAUCUCCAUCAGGGGUCCCAAAUCUGCUCGAUCUCAAGGAGUUGGAGUCACUGAGCUACCUAAAUGCUAGUAAUCCGUGGAUCCCAGGAGACUUAUGGCGGCUGCCCAAUUUGAAGGAACUGAUUUUAAAGCAAUGCAGCGUCUGUGGUCCACUACUGCAGCAGGAUCAGGAGGCAACUUCCUCUGCUGCUGCUCUGCCGCCAUCUUUAACUAGCCUUCAUGUGGAGGAAUGCGGCCCUUUGAAUGAUCUCCCCAAUCUAGCGAAUCUGCAAAAUCUGACCCAACUCAAACUCACGCAUAUUGGGGUGGUUGAGAUUUCGGGCCUGGGAGAGCUGAGGGCGCUGGAGACAAUGUGGAUAUCCGAUUACCCGAGCCUGAAAAGCCUCGUUGGACUUGAGAAUCUGCUCCUCCUCCAUACCCUUUUCGUGGGAAGGUGCGAGAAGCUGGAGAGACUGCCGAGUGUAGCGAAUUUGAUCAAACUGAAGGACUUGACGGUUUGCCAGUGCCCGUUUCUCGUAGAGAUACAAGGCCUGGGUGAUCUCGGGGAGACUCUAUCCCGUAUGGAAAUAGAAAAUUGUCCCAACUUUGCUAGCUUGGAUGGACUUGGACUUCUAGGGUCGUUGGAGGCUCUGACUCUGACGGAACAAUCGUUUGGAGAGAAACCAUUUCCCGAGCUCUCCAGUCUCGUCAAUCUGAAACGGUUGGACAUCAUCCGGUGUCCAGAGUUGAGUGAGGUUAACGGGUUGGAGAGGUUGGUGUCAUUGGAGUCUCUGGGUAUGGAGGGUUGCACUUCGAUUCGACAGCUGCCGGAUCUGUCUGCGCUAAGGAACCUCAAGAGGUUAGACCUCACACAUUGCGAAAGCUUGAUUGAUCUCCCAACUGGGUUCGAAAGAUUGGAAUCGCUGCGGCAGCUGGUGAUGUGCGAUUGCUAUUCGAUUACGAAGCUGCCAGACUUAUCCGGCCUCAAUAAUUUGGAGGAACUGAACCUUGAGGAGUGCACAGGGUUGGUUGAGGUCAAGGGGAUGGAGGGAUUGGAGUCAUUAACACAGCUGCGGUUGUUUGGUUGUUGUUUGAUUACAGAGAUGCCAGACUUAUCCGGCCUCAACAAUCUGGAGAUUCUGGACCUCAGCUAUUGCGAAGGCUUGACUGAGGUCAAGGGCGUGGAGGGGUUGGGGUCAUUAACAAUGCUGUUCAUGUUUGAUUGCAGCUCAGUGAAGAAGUUGGGAAAUCUGUCUGGUCUCAGGAAGUUGAAGGAGCUUCAAAUUGAGGGGUGCACCAAAUUGACCAAGGUGAGCGGAAUCGAGGAGCUGGACGGGUUAUUGAUCCUGGGAAUGGACAAAAGGAUGAGACUGAAGCAUUGGGUGAAGUCGGCUGCGAGAUAUGGCAAGGGACUAGCUGCACGCUUCAUGCCCACGAUGGGGAUUUUUAGCAGCUGGUGA